AUGGGUAAAGUUAUUAUUGUUACAGGUGUCUCGAGAGGUAUUGGGAAGUCCAUCGUCGAAAGAAUCUUUAAGUUGAGUUCUGAUGCCAUUGUUUACGGUAUCGCCAGAUCUGAAGCUCCCUUGAAAGCUCUUAAGGAAACAUACGGAGAUAGGUUCUUUUAUGUUACCGGGGAUAUCACUGACCAAGUCGCUUUGCAGAAAUUGGUUGAUGGUGCUGCCAAGGAACAGGGGAAGAUUGAUUCCGUCGUAGCCAAUGCUGGUGUCUUGGAACCCGUACAGGACGUCAAUCAUAUUGAUAUUGAUGCUUGGAAAAAGUUAUUCGAUAUUAAUUUCUUUUCUGUAGUGUCGUUGACUAGUAUUACAUUGCCCUAUUUGAAGAAGACCAAUGGUAAUAUUGUAUUUGUCAGCUCUGAUGCUAGUGAUAUGCAUUUCAGUAGUUGGGGUGCUUAUUCCGCUUCCAAGGCUUGUUUGAACAGAUUUGCAAUGACCGUGGCUAAUGAAGAACCAGCUGUCAAAUGUUUGAGUGUGGCUCCAGGUAUCGUUGACACAUCAAUGCAAGUAAACAUUAGAGAAAAUGUCGGGAAGGAUAUGACCUCUGAAGACCAUGCAAUGUUUAAGGACUUGAAGGAAAGUAACAAACUAUUAGAUAGUAAUGUUCCUGCCACUGUCUAUUCUAAAUUAGCUUUGAAUGGGAUCCCCGUUGAUGUUAAUGGUAAAUAUUUGAGUUUUGAUGAUCCAAUCUUGAAGGAGUUCGCUUAA